GAGAAAUGGCAUUUACGCUAGAUAGUCUGUGGCAGUCAGUGGGAACGAAGCACGCAAUUCUGAACCAUGAAGAACAUACUUGUAUUAAGUUUGUUCGUAGCGCUCUACAUUGUUCAAGCGUCCUCGAGACCGCAUCCCCAAGAAGAUGCAAGCGUCUUCGACAAGCUCAAGCAGACAGCUGAGGACGCGCUGAGAGUCGCCCAGAAUGCUACCAAUCGUUCUUUCGAAUAUGCGAAGCAUGCUGUUGAGAAUGGAUGGCACACGGCUCAGCAGACAGCACAGAGAGGAAUAGAAGCUGGAAAAAGUUGGACGCAACAUGCAUCCCAGGACCUAACAAAAUUAGCAACUGCGGCCGUCCCUACAGGAGCAAGCGAGUUUCAAGUAUAAAAGCCCCCGAUGUAACCUCACAGCCAAGUAGCACAGUAACGAUAAAAAAUAUAGUUUCGCACUGUAGUGCAUUAUAAUAAGAGGAAAGCAAAAUUUUUAUAAAAUCUCAUAAUGCACUGUAGUUAAAUGCAAUCUCACGAUUAAAAGUUGAUGCUUGAAGUUACAUUAA